CGGAACAACAAUAAUAUAAUGUUAAAAGCUUGAAAAAUAUUCAAUACUUUUUUUAUUUUAGUUUUAACGCACCUAGUGUAAGCAACGUAUCUAUAUAAACAUUAUAUAAUUUUAAAAAAAUUUAAAAAAAGCAUGUCAAAUAUUUUACUUUUUAUUGCAAUAUUAACACUACAAUUGUUAAGUGUUCUUUGUCAAAGGCGAAUAAUUGGUGGAGAGGAUAUUAAUAUUUCGUUAGUUCCAUACAUGCUCUCCUUUAUGUUAAACGGUAGACAUGUUUGUGGAGCUGCAGUGAUUAGUCGAAAAUGGGGAAUUACAGCAGCACAUUGUGCAACAGCAUAUCGUCGGGAUCCAUAUAAAGAAGUGACAAUCCGAAGUGGGAGCUCAUUAGUCGACGAAGGUGGAGUGAUCCACAAAAUUACAAAAAUUAUAUGGCACGAAAAAUACGAAACCACCGAUAAUCAUGACGAUAUUGCUGUAUUUAAAGUGAAGCCAAUUUUCAAAUUUAGUUCAGUAACACAACCCUUGAAUUUACCGGCAAAAGGAGUUCCUUUCAAAAGUGAUUGGGGCGUUGUUACAGGCUGGGGAUAUUUUAUGGCAGACAAUCCCGUAGUGGCGAGGCAAUUACAAUAUCUCAGAGUACCAAAAGUGAGUAUGGAGGACUGUUUAGAAGAUUACAAAGGACUCUUUAAAGUUCACGUAGGUGAUGUCUGUUAUGGCUUCAGGCAAGGUGGAAAAGACAGUUGCCGGGGCGACUCAGGAGGUCCAUUAGUAAACGAUGACAAAAUACUCAUUGGAAUAACAUCAUGGGGCAGGGGAUGUGCGGAAAGAUUUUCACCAGGUCUCUAUAUCGACACACUUUUUUAUCGUAGUUGGAUUAAAUUACACACUGGAGUAUGAUUGAAAAUAACUACAAAAUAUUUUGCAAUACAAAAAGCUAAAAAAGGGCUUUUUUUAUUAAGUACAGAAAACGGUUUUAACAAGAAGCAAAUAGAAACUACAAAUUGUAAACUUGGAAUUUUUUUGAGUUAACUAUAAAGAAAUUUAUU